CAUUUUUAUAAAUAUUUUAAUCUUUUGUUUGAAAUACUUUGUACCAUAUAAAGUACUUAGCCUCGGACAUUUACAUUCAUAAAUUAGAGAAUUUAAUUUGAAUGCUACAACAGAUAUACGACAAUCAUGACAUAUUAUAAAAGAAGUUUGAACGAUUAUGGAUCGGGAGCGUAUGGAUCGUAUGACCACAAGUUCGCCGACGACUGUUAUACAGAUGACUCACACUGUUGUGAAUUUGAUUGCAACGAUCGAGUACGUGGCGAAGUAAUCGUGCAUAAGCAGCCGAAUAGUUACUUCGGGCUCCAGUUUGUAAAUAUGAAUGGCCGGCAAUUUGUUUCUAAAGUGGAUAUUGAUCCCGCUUCAGCUGCCUAUCGUAGUGGUCUAUGUCUUGGAGACCGCGUCGAGGUUGCUAAUGGACAAACUACGGCGGAUAUUCGGUGUUUACCUCACAUGCUAGAUCAGUGUAGUGCAGUACAUCUGGAGUACACAAGACAACCUUUCUUGAAGGACAUUGAGGUGUGCUGGAAUCAGGAUAUCUCCUCAGUUCUAAACGAAAUCCACCAAGAACAAUGGCUGCUUAUCGCUAUUGAGGACACGUGUAUUUUAGAUUUAAAUGAUACCGAAUUAUGUGCUAGGGUGAAAAAGAUGUUCAAGAAACGAGAAACCAUUACACUGAAGGUGGUCUACGACCAAAUGGGCUUGAAGUUCAUCGACGAACUUGCCUACUUGAUAGCUGUCUCCGAUGGAAACCUCACUCUGAAGGAGUAUCUGGAUCCUACCUUAAGCGUCGAUAAACCGAUUGUUCAAAAGAAAUCAUUGAGGUACAAAAUUUUCUCUUCAUUGAGAAGAUGUAGUGAUAAAACUACAAACACUGCCAGAACUAGUCUACGAAAUAUAUUAAAUGUGUAGGGAUUGUAUCCCACAGUCAAAACGAAAAAUGAGAAUGUUCAAACAAUUUUUAGUGUGGUUAUUUUUCACUACAGUGGACGAUAGUGAUGAAUGAAUACGAUAUUAGGGUUUACUUUCGUAUGCAAUUAAAUAUACAGAUGCGUAAUUCAAAGGUCUUUUUGAU